UAAAAAAAAUUAAAAAAAAAACUUAAAUAUUCAGCAAAGCUAUAAAUGCUUGAGUGAAAUUUGUAAUAGAAAAUUAAAAAAUUUUAUCCCAAUUAUCAACAUGCAUACCUCCGCCGAUUUAGUUGUACUCAACGCUUGUCCUCCCACCUCGCAUUUAACCAACAUGCCCUUGUCUCCUCCACCAUCACAUUUAAAACGCAGAUCCGUUGCUUCUAGUCUAGUAACAUCAUCCGGAGCCUCUUCAGCUAUAACGGGUACAUCAACAAUAGCCGCCGGCUCUAAUCAUCAUGCACAUCACCCCGCUUCACACCAUCACCACCACCACUCACAUCAGCAGCAACCACAACAGCCCUCAUCAGCUCCUUCCUCCUCGUCAUCGUCGCAUGAGGAAAAUUCGGCGACGGCUAAUAGCAGUGACACAGAUGCGGAUAAAAUCAAUUCGCCAUUGGUAAAGCCGCCGUAUUCCUAUAUCGCUUUAAUAACCAUGGCCAUUCUGCAAUCGCCUCAAAAGAAAUUAACCUUAAGCGGCAUUUGUGAUUUCAUUAUGUCAAGAUUUGCCUACUACAAGGAUAAAUUCCCCGCUUGGCAAAAUUCCAUACGCCACAAUCUCAGUCUGAAUGACUGUUUCAUAAAGGUUCCUCGAGAGCCCGGCAAUCCGGGCAAAGGUAACUUCUGGACUCUAGAUCCUCUGGCCGAGGAUAUGUUCGACAAUGGCAGCUUCUUGCGGAGAAGAAAACGCUACAAAAGAGCACCGGCUAUACAAAGAUUUCCCUUUACGUCCGUCUUUGGCACGCUAUCACCAUUUUGGAUACGCAAACCGGUACCCUUGGUGCCGGUACACUUUAACGUGCCCAAUUUUCCAGGAGCCACAAGAGAUUGUUUCGACAUGCUGCAUGCGCCUGCGGCGUCAGAUGUUUUCGAUUCGGUGGCCUUGAGAGGGGUGGACAAUAAAAAAUUCAACUUCUUUGCCAAUGCCGAUCUGUCCAUGUAUCCAAGAAGUGCUGCGGAUAAAUUUGAAGCCUUUACCCGAGGAUCGCAGGUGAUGGCAGCUGGAGAUAGAGCAAUUGUGGACAUGAGUGCCACAAGCGAUUUGGAUAAAAUGAAAUUGUAUAGUUUUGCUACCCUGCCGGCCGGUGGCGAUGAGAAUGGUUUUAAUGCAGCGGCAAGUCAUCAACUGCAGCCACAUAACGGUCCUGCUGGCCAUUAUCAGCGCACCCUAAGUUCCCAGGAUUCCGAUGAGUCCGAUGAAGAUGAUCGCAUAGACAUUGAAAGUCCCGAUGAGCAGGACUCCCACAUAUCCGACUCCAUAGAAAGUUUAAGUACAAAUCGUUUAGAUGUCCAAGGGGAUUCGGAUGAUGGUGCGGCCGAAAGUGAGAGUGGAGAUCUAAAGCAACAGCUAAAGGACACCUCUUCGUGUAUUCUGCUAUUCAACAACUAUGAUAUCUCGAAUUCUCUGAUCAACAGCAAAUCAAACCGUCCAGACAAAAAUGCCAAUGAGUUAUUGCCGAAACGGCAUACAACUUCGCCACCCAGAACGGAAGCAAUUCCUGCCACCAUCACUGAUAUAGGCCAUACCUACAAGACGACCCUUCUGCCCUAUGAAUAUGAACAUGGGCGUACAGCAAAGCAUGGUACUGCCAGAGAUUUUCGCAUAGAAACCCUAAUUGGCAACAGAGAUGGGCCAGAGGCGGCUUGUGAUUGAAUACAGAGAGAAAAUCGAUAAUCACUCUAAGAUGGGAUAAGAUACUCAGCACGAUUAACACAAGUGAAACACUAUACAUUGUGACUAAUUUCAUUUGCCAAGUUCUUGAAUGUCCUCACAAAAGACCAAUUAGCGAAAGCGGAACUGUUGUUUUUUUCUUUUUAUUGUAAAUGUCAAACUCAUACUCCUCUGAUUGUCAAACGAAAAUUAAAAUAGAAAAACAAAAAAGAAAACUCAGCUAAAUUGAAACAAUUUUAAAAAUCUCUAAACUAUAACAAAUUAUGUACUUAAAGCUAAAUAAAAGAAAACAAAAGCAAACAUUUAACAAAAAUUUUUAUUGUAUGUAAAUGUACUUGUAUCUAUUUAUUUGUCUUGACUAGUCCUUAAGAACAAAUCACUCAUCUCGCUCACCCUCUUAUGUUAUUUAACAACAAAAAAAAAACAAUAAUAACACAGAACACAAACAAAAUCAAUACUGUAAAAAACGA